AUGGACUAUCUCUAUCUUGAGUGCAAUCUCUGUUCCGAGAACAGUGGACCAGCGAAUCGAGAACAGAUCGGUACUCUGUACCAAGCCUUAAGAUCACUGAAUCUUCUGAAGCUUCUCUCUUCAGUAAGGUCUCCAAACGUCGUUCCUCUGCUCGUUCUCCUCACCCAUGACACCGAUCUCCAGUCUGUUGCUGCUGAUCGUCAGAUUGCUCCCAGCGAUUGUCACUUGUUCCUCGCUCAAGUCGCCGUGAAGAUGCAAAUGAAUCUGAUUCUGAUUCACCGUGCUGUACAGUUGCGGAUAGAGAACCAUAGGCGCUGGACUUAUGUAAUUUUGGCUUGGAUUGUUGUAGUAGCCCUGGUAAUUUGGAUUGUAAUUGUGAGAGGCGACUGGAACUGGGGUGGCCGGUCCAGACGUCCAGGAACCGUAGUGAUAACCUGGACUACCGCUGCCUGUCCCACUGCCCGCGAAGAUGUCCGGAUCGUUGGACUUGGCGGCUACCAGUGGUAA